UCUAUUUUCCCCCAGCCCAUUGAUUUGUAUAUGAAAACAUAGCGCUUUUAUUCUCCCCCCUUCUGGGCUCUGCUUCUGAGUGAUCAGCUGAUGAAGAGACUAGCAGCUCGCCGCUAUGCUGGCUUGCUAAUUCUCUCCCCCACAGCUGCAGCCGAUCCUGAUAGCCAGCCUGCAGAUUGCAGUCAGCCUGAGGCAGCAGAGAACGGUUCCCUGGAGGAGAUGGAAGAGGACAUCAGUCUAAAGAAGCGUAAAAGUGAUCAUCAUGGGGAGAAAGAACUGCAGGCCGGGCAGGAAACUGGUGAAAAGGUGAAAAGGAAGCGAGGACGCCCACCUGCUGAGAAACUGCCUCCAAACCCACCUGAACUCACCAGAACACUGAGCACACUGGUAGAUAUGGUUAUCAACUACAAGGACGGGUUGGGGCGACAGAUCAGCAAAGGCUUUGUGCAGCUUCCCUCUAAGAAGGAGGUACCGGAGUACUAUGAGCUGAUCCGGAAGCCUGUCGACUUCAGGAGGAUCAGGGAACGUGUGCGUAAUCACAAAUACAGAAGUGUGGGGGAUUUGGAGAAGGAUAUUUUCCUCCUGUGUCACAAUGCUCAGACUUAUAACCUGGAGGGAUCUCAGAUCUACGAGGAUUCAAUUGUCAUAAAGUCUGUUUUCGAGAGCGCGAGACAGCGAAUCGUCACGGACGAGGAACAGAAAGUGACGGUUCGCGCCAGUCCCAGCGAUAAUGGUGGCGGAGCUGAAGACCAAUUUGUUCCAUCAGCAGUGCAGCUAAAGAAGGGGAAGAAACACGAAAGGAGCAGAAAUGCCAUGGCUAAGAGGCUUCACAGUGAUUUAGACAGUGAUGAGGAUCUAGAGGAUAACACCACAAAAGAUGAAGGUUGAACUGAAGAGCCCUCCAUUUUUUCAUUCAUGUUUAUUCUCUACCACGUCCCUUUUCAUUGGUUUCCUCUCUUUUUCUAAACAAAAGAAAGGAACAUAUAACGUGAAGGACGACUCAAAGAGAGCCACUUAUGGAACAAUGCUUUUUCUUUACGAUGACUCACAUAGUGCUGUUCUUUUCAGUUUGCUGGUCUUUUAUUACAAUUUCCCCUUUUCUUUCUGCCUUAGUCUCUGUGAUUGCUUCUGAAAAUAUUACGUAAAACACCAGUUUUCUCUCUGACUGUUUUUAAUCAAUAUAUUUGAUUGUAUGAAAUGCCUUCAUUUGUCUUUGGAGCAUGGUGUGUGUGUUCUCUCCUGAAGCUGGCUCCUCCAGAGUAGCACCUGCUGAUGAUGUGUUCAGGGCUUGAGAAGUGGGAAGGUGUUUUUAAAGAAAAUAACAACAACACUGUAAAAAAAAAUCUCUGAAUGUGAUUUUUAGAGAUAAUACAUCUUUGAUAAAAUACAAAAAAACAUAGAGGAAGUAUGAAGUCAAAGAGACUUGACGGUUACUAGUACUUAUAGUUAUACUUUUGUCUGUUUCUGAUACUUGAUGGAAUAUGUUUGGGUCUAAUCAAGGGUACUCAAGUUGAACAUUUGUACCCCUUGUGCUACAGUAUAUUAACAUAUUGUACAGUUUGUGUGAAAAUGAAGUAAAAAUCUAAAUUUCUUUUAAUUUACUCUCCUGGUUGUUGGGCGGGGGGGUG